UCUGCGCCGGCCUUGCGGCCAUUUUGAGCUUCGUUUCAAGCCGCGCCCGCCGCCUCCUUAUCCCUUCCGGUGUCGCGCUGUGUGGGGCUUUUUUUAGCCGGCCGUCUCUUGGAAGAGUCAUCGUCGCCGCCGCCGUCGCCGCCGCCGUGGGAGCCCUCCUACCUAUGCUGUCGAGGCCUUGCGCGCACUAGGACGCUUCGUCCCCGCCAGGAUGGCCGCCGUCCCCGCCGCCUCCUGCGCUGGCCGCCUGGCUCUGAGCUCUGCCUCUCGUGGCCGAGGCCGCCGCCCUCUGUGGCCCCUCUGCAGGCGCGGGGCUCGGCCUGGACCACCCACUCCGCCUCGGGGCGGGGCCGGGCCUGUGUAGACCUCUUCGGAUCCCGACUCGCGUCGAUCUCCAGCCGCUCAGCUGCCCGAGAGAGUGCCGAGAAGAUGGAGGUGGAGCGGGGGCCGCGGCCCGGGCCUCGGGCGCGCGCCUGGUUCCGGCUGCCCUCCUUCCUCCCGUGGCGGCCGCAGCCGGCGCCGUCCGAGUUCCCGACGCCCGCGCCCGAGGGCUGCGCGGACCGCACGCCGCCCCCCGCCGCCCGGCCCGAGGCGCGGCCCGGCACCUGGGCCAAGCUGCUUGCCCAGCUGCUCGCGCCCCUGCCCAGCCUGCUUCACAGACUGCUGCUUUGGAGCCAGCUUUUCGGGGCUCUGAUCCCGACCCGGUGGCUGGGGUUGGCCGGCGGCUACAGCGCCCUGAGAACCUGGAGGGGGCGAGAGGAGCCGGCCGCCCCCUCGGCGCAGAAGCCCUUGGACCCCUCGGAGCGCGCGGUCGCCAGCGCCCUGGACUGGCUGGAGGAGGGGCUCCACUGGCGGUGCUCCUCUGCCCUGGACUUGGACCUCAAGGCCAAGGGCGGUGCGUUGGACCCCGGCGCGCACGCCUUGCUCCUGGAGCAGCGGCUGUGGGGCGUCGAGCUGCUGCCCAGCGGGCUCCAGGCCCGUCUGUUCGCUGACCGGCAUCUUGGCUCUUCGCCCUGCGGGCCGCUGAACGUGGAGCGCUUGGGCAAUAUCAGCGUGGUCUCCUACGUGGUGAGCCCCUCUUACCUGGACUGCCCGCCCCGGCUAGAGGUCGGCUGGCGGGGCAGCGGCGGAGCUGGCGGGCUGGUGGAUUUGCAGACCCUGGCCUCAGAGAGCGGCUGCCUUCCGGAGGACCCGGGCCUGCCCCAGCCGCUGAGUGCGGAGCCCUCCGCAGCCCCGUGGCAGGGGUGUCCACCCCCGUCCACGGAAGGCCUGCCCGAGAUCCACCAUCUUCGCAUGAAGCGGCUGGAGUUCCUGCAGCAGGCUGGCAAGGGGCAGGAGCUGCCCACCCCCGACCAAGACCACGGCUACCACAGCCUGGAGGAGGAGCACAGCCUUCUGCGGCUGGACCAGAAGCCCCGCAGAGAGGACGCUGCCCACUCUGGCCCCGCUGCCGGGGGAUCCGACCCUGGGCCCUCCCAGGAACCCACCGAGGGAAAAGCAGAAUUGCUGACUGAAGGGGACGCGGCGGCUCCGGGCAGCUGGCCCGCUCGGGCGGUGCCUGGGGAGGCCCACACGGGCGCCGCCGACUCCUCGGACGGAGAGGAGCUGCCCCCCUCUGCCAGGCCGGCUUGUAGUAACAAACUGAUAGAUUACAUUUUGGGAGGUUCCUCCAGCGACCUGGAGACGAGUUCUGACUCGGAGGGUGAGGACUGGGACGAGGAGGCCGAGGACGAUGGCUUUGACAGUGACAGCUCGCUGUCGGACUCGGACCCCGAGCCGGACCCGGAGGGGCUUCACCUCUGGAACUCCUUCUCCAGCGUAGAUCCCUACAGCCUGCAGAACUUCACGGCCGCGAUUCAGACUGCCGCCAGGGCGGCCCCCGCGGCCCCUUCGGACUCCGAGCCGGAUCCGGCUGACCAGUCGGAUCGGGCGAGUUCGCCCCAGCUGGGAGGCCCCCCCGGGACCCCCGACUGGCACUCUGGGGAGGAGGAGGAGGAGGACUGGGGCUCGAGUGCAGAUGAGGCCGAGAGCCUCAAACUCUGGAACUCCUUCUGUCAUUCCGAUGACCCCUACAACCUGCUUAAUUUUAGGGCUCCCUUCCAGACGUCAGGGAAACAGGGGAAGGGCUGUCAGGACUUGAAGAGCCCGCCUGAGUCCAUGGUGGCCAUCGCUGAGGGUCGCGCCUUGCUUUCUUGUGGGGUGCGACAGGCAGGGAGCCCAGGAAGUGAAUGUCCAGGCUGGGGACAGCGCGGGAGUCUUUCUGGAGAAAGGCACGCACACAGCAAAAGGAAAAAGGUGACCUUCCUGGAAGAAGUUACUGAGUAUUACAUAAGUGGUGAUGAGGAUCGCAAAGGACCAUGGGAAGAAUUUGCAAGGGAUGGAUGCAGAUUCCAGAAACGAAUCCAAGAAACAGAAGAUGCUAUUGGCUAUUGCCUGACGUUGGAGCACAGACAGCGAGUCUUUAACAGGCUCCAGGAAACAUGCUUCGAAAGACUUUACGUUUCUGGGCAGUGCUGAGAUGAGCUGACAGCCUGGAGCCCUAACAUUCUCUACCUCUUACUCCAGAGGUUCUUUAAAACAAACAUUGGCAGCUGUCCUUCGACAUUCUUUAGAGGAUAUGUAAUUUGGAUCCAAUGAUCUAGUUUAAUUGUUAUUUUUUGCAGCAAAUCCCAUCAGACACCCAGGUUUGAAGCCAGCCCCAAUAAUAAAGGAAGUACAGUUUUUAAUCCGCCCUCUCCUUUGCUUGCUUGAAGUACAAAGGGGACCUUUUGCGUUACAAUUUUGCACUUUCAGAACUUAUUUCCAAGGGAAAUAAUAUUUAUAGGGCUUAAAGCCCAUUUUUGGUUCUAAUUUAAAUUACAUAUACCUGUCUAAGAACUUUGAGCUUGCUGUUAUUUUGGUUUUGUUUGUUUUUUUCCCCAACAUUCUGAAAUUACGGACUUUUUACGUGUGGUUUUUCUUUUCUUUUUCUUUUUCUUUUUUUUUUUUGUAUCUUUUGAAAAUUUCAGUGAUGUGGCCUGUGUAUAUUAAGGCUAAAAUAAUCUUGUGUAUGUUAUCAGCUUAAAGGACAUGAUCUUGUAUCACUUCUGUUUUUCUUUAAAAUUGGCUUUGGUUCAAAGUGGGCAGUGUCUUUGUCUCUGCGUUAAGCCCAGCCCUGCAGACCCCUCUGCUCUGGAAGCUGUCGCUUCCCGCCGGAUUGUGAGCACUGACUGGCUCUCGCAGACCCUGAGAGGGAGCGCCGCGGUACUCUAGGUUUCAGGUUGAAUGUGGCUCCUUGUAUCUUUCAGCAGGUAGCAGUUGUACAGCCUCUUCAGAGUGGCAACUGUCGUAGGCAUUGAUUUUCUAGAUGUUGCAACCUAGCAUCUUCCCGGGAAGCAGGGAGGCGGCAUCUCCGUGUAAUCUGGUUUUGUUGUCUGCGCUCCGCAGGGACCCAGUGUUAGUAGUCUCGUGCCUCAGCACUGUCACUUUUAGAACCUGUCAGGUGACACUAAACUUGGAAAUGGGCAGUUCUGAAUUUUCACAUUCGAAAUGUAAAAUAGAAACUUCGUCAGUAUCCAGGUGUAUUGUGUUCUGCUACGUUAAUAAAGAAAAAUAAUGGCCAGGCCUGUACUUCCUGAGAUAGGGAUUUACCACCUAGAAAGGCCUGGCACCUCUAGCCCAGGGCUGCUUCUGGGCCAGAGUGUUUGUGGGGUGCCUGCUCCGCACAGUUAGUGCUACACGGCAGGCCCGUCCGACAGGGAGCAUUGGCUACGGCUGUAAGGGGCUGCUUCUGCUCUGUCUCUACCAGGGAUACCGGAAAACAUGAGCAGAAUAGGUGAGCUCUUCAUCUCGAACUUAGGUGGGGGUGAAGUUUGCCUCUGGUGCUUGCGGGGUUCCUACCUCAGUUUGUAAUCUACCUGGUCUUAGUUAUUUGUCUGGUUCACCCUGAAGACUGCCUCCGGUGCUCGUGUGUGGAUUCACGUGGACGCACACUGAGAGUGCAAGCCGCUCAUGGUUGGAAUCUACAGGGCCUGCGGCCGUAGCGUGUGAGCAGGCCGGAGUCAAGUCCAGCCGCAGCCCCUGGAAGGCAGCAGCCUUUGGCACCGUGUGGACACUCCUGUAAAACCAGGCUGAAGCAUGCUGUUUCAUUUCGGGGUGCAGGUUUUGUUUUUGCGUUUAUGAAGUGUGGCACCUCUGCACGUUUGAAGGUGAUGGGACAUCUUCCCUGGGGACGGCAGCCUCGCAGCCCAGUGAGUGCAGGCGUUACUCAGCGUCCUCGCGUAGCCCUCCCGUGGAAGCGAGCAGACGGUGAUGAGAAAGACCAUCUGAAAAUUAGGCUGAAGCAGAAAGAAUUCUCGUCAGUUCCAUCCCAGUCUUGUUUGUGUGGGAACACUAGAAGGAAAUCCUGGGGGUCCUAACCACACCUUUCACGUUUCAAGUCUUGUACUGGUGCUCUAAGUGUCACUGUAGCGUGUGAAAGGCUGUGUCCAGACAGAACGUCCACUUGUGAGUGCUGAGGUGUGAGAACACCUCUCUUCAUCUCUAACUUGAAAUCAAACUAUCAGAUUUUAUUUUUUUAUAAUUUAAGGAGGGUGAAGCUCGGCAUUGAGAAGACUUCUAAAUCGGCUUCUUCAGAUGCAGCAAUUUACAUGUAACCAGUUGGGAUUUUGUAGCUAAAGUUCUAUUUGUGUAUGUAACUUAACUAAUCUGUAAAUGGUAAUAAAUAUAUUUGCAAUUAAGUGUUA